UCUCGCGGCUUCCGGCGGCGGCGGGCGGUUCCGGCGCGCGCCCGGGGCGGCGGCGCGCGAUAGAGUACGUUAGGGGUUGGCGUUGGCCCUAGUGGACGCCACCGCGGACACCAUGCAGCUGACCGUGAAGGCGCUCCAGGGCCGGGAGUGCAGCCUGCAGGUGCCAGAGGACGAGCUGGUGUCCACGCUGAAGCUCCUGGUCUCAGAUAAAUUGAACGUCCCUGUGCGACAGCAGCGUCUGCUAUUCAAGGGCAAGGCCCUAGCAGAUGAGAAACGACUAUCAGAUUACAACAUUGGACCCAAUUCUAAGAUCAAUUUAGUCGUUAAACCUCUGGAGAAGGUGUUACUGGAAGAAGGGGCUACCCAGAAACUGGUCGAUUCCCCACCUCCACCCACCUGGCAGCUGAUCUCCAAAGUCCUGGCCCGUCACUUCACUGUAGCAGAUGCUAGCAGGGUCCUGGAACAACUUCAGAGGGAUUAUGACAGGUCCCUGAGCCGCUUGACACUGGAUGACAUCGAACGCCUGGCCAGCCGUUUCCUGAACCCUGAAGUGACUGAGGCUAUGGAAAAGGGGUUCUCCAAAUAACGCACUGGGAUUAUGGGAAGGAGUACCUGGCUAGGCCACAGCUGCAUGUUGUAUUAAAUGUGUUCUCAUGUUGCAGUUUGGCUCAUAGUGAUAAUAAUAGCUGGUAUGUACCCGGCUCUUGCUAGGUGCUAGGCACUACUCGAAGUACUUGACCUGAGUUCUCUUCCACCUCCCCCAGAAGAGGCACCUAGCAAUGGCAUGGAACAGUCAGGAUCUGAGUCCAGCCAGCCUGUAAAAGUGCCUCUGUAGGAGAAAGGCUGCUGUUUUGAGGGAUGGGCCUUAGCAUUCCCUCAGGAAGCAGCUAGUCCCUGUCACCUGACCUGUAGUGUGUCUGGCAUCACCGUUGGCAAACCUCCUCAGAAGGCCAAAUGGUAGUCAUCCCCAGGCCCCUCUGCUGCUGCAGCCAGUGUGCUCUUGAUGAAGGACAAGCAGGUUAGGGGUUGGAGGGUCAUGAAGACACCUCGGCUCUGUCCUAUAAUGAGUCAAGUUUCUGUGCCAUUAAGUCUGUAUAGUGAUGGCUGCUCCUUUGACCCAAAUGAGUUCAUUUUCCCCUUCCCCAGCUCAAGGUGGUAGUCUGCAGCCAUUACCUACAGUUCCACCUUGUGUUCAGCAAGCAAACUAAAGCUAAAAGUGAAGUGAUAGGCAAGCACAGGCCACAGAUGGAGCAUCUUGGGCCUUCGUAACAUAGCUCUUCUUGUGAGUACCGUCUGCUUGGUUGCCCCUUCUGGAAGUGGGUCUCGCCCAUAAGGGACAACAGGUGACUCAGCAAGGCAGUGUCACAGAACUCUGCCUUGGUCUCCUUACCCAGUGCCCACCCAGUAUGGACAUGUUUGCUUCCUCUGCCACCUGGGUACAGGGGCUUUUACUUUGCACACCUUCAUUGCUUAAGAAACUCAGGGUGGGGAGGAGAGAUAGAUGUGGGCUGAGUGGCAGUGAUUCCUCUUUCACUGUGCCUGUGCCUAGGUGCUAAAGGUCAUAUAAGUACUCGGUCCUUUGAGGAGUAUCCCUGUGAGUAGUAGAGGCUGGAAGGGUGCCACCUGCAGGACACAACUCUUGCCCCUCCACUCUUGCCAUGGAAGCCACUCAGUGUGGUCAGGGCUGCACCUGCCCCCCUGCCCAAGGGCCUCCUUUCUGGGCCUUGUAGGACAAUACUGAGUGCCUGUGCUGGGAAGAUGAACAGAAAUGAAGCCUGAGGGGAAGAACAGGUGAUAGCCCCUGGCCCUCUCUGAGAGCUGGGAUACCAUAGCAGGGACCUACUUGUGAGCAUGUGUGAGAACUGGCAGCUCAGACAAUAAGCUUAUUAAUGUUCUUGUUCAUUUUGAGUCAGGGAAUAUAUUCAGAAAAUUAAAUAACACUAAAUGUGCACGUGAGACUUUUACCAAAAGGAACUCUACUAGCUAAGCUGCUUUUGGUUUCCAAUAAUUGGUUUAACAAUACAGGAAACUUAUUGACUUACAAAACUGAAAAACCCAGGACUACUGGCAGUGGAUGAACAAUUUCAGCAAACACCCAGCUUUUUUCCUGCCACCCUCUGAAUUCUCCAGGAUCUGCUUCAUCCUCAGCCACCACCUCCAAGGAUCAGAGGAUGGCUGCCUGCUGCCACAUUGGAACCCUUCAUUCACUGCCAGCAAGGAGCACUUUCAGAAUAGCAUAGCUUCUGUCUCAGAUGCCCCAGCAAAUAAACACUGUCUCUUAUUGGUCA